GCAGGACGUCCCCAGGCUCAGCAAGGCCAGGCCCUGUGGCCCCUCCUUGUUCUUUUCAGCCGCAGCUCAAGCCUGAGAUAAACACGUGGCCUCUGGUUGGGAGAAACUGAGGUCUUGGUGGAGCCAUGCUGCGGGUCCUGUGUCUGGCACUCUGUGGACUACUGACCCACACGCGAGCGGAGCCCGGGGCGCUGCUGCGGCUAGGCAUGGACAUCAUGAACCACGAGGUCCAGAGCGCCAUGAACGAGAGUCGUAUCCUGGAGAAGAUGGCAGCCGAGGCGGGCAAGAAGCGUCCGGGGGUGAAACCCAUCAAGGGCCUCACUGAUAUAAAGGUCAAGGAUGUGAAGCUGCCUGUCAUCACACUGAGCUUCACCCCAGGGGUGGGCAUCUUCCAAUGUGUAUCCACGGGCAUGACCAUCACUGGCAAGAGCUUCAUAGGCAAGAACAUGGAGAUCACCGUGGUCUUGAACAUCACAGCCACCAACCGGAUUUUGCAGAAUGAGGAGACGGGCCUCCCGGCAUUCAAGAGUGAGGGCUGUGAGAUCAUCCUGAUCAGCGUGAAGACCAACCUGCCUAGCAAAAUGAUGCCUAAUGUAAUCAACAAGUUCCUGGACAGCACCCUUCACAAAGUUCUCCCUGGCCUGAUGUGUCCAGCCAUUGAUGCGGUCCUGGUGUACGUGAACAGGAAGUGGGCCAACCUGAAUGCCCCCAUGCCCAUAGGCCAGAUGGGCACUGUGAAGUAUAUCCUGACAUCCAAGCCAACCACCACAGCCAGCUACAUCCAAGUGGACUUCAGUCCUGUGGUGCAGCAGCAAAACGGCAACACCAUUCAGCUUGCUGAUGGGGGAGAGGCCCCUGAGGACUACGUUGAAGGCUCUUCACAGCUGCUGCUUUCAGCUGCCCUCCUCACAGCAGAGCUUGCCCUUCUGCAGAAGUCCUUUGAUUUGAACACCCAGGACAGGAGGGUUGGUAAACUGCCCCCUCAAACCACUGAGACACUGGCUGGCUUCCUCCCUGAAGUGGCUAAGGCCUAUCCCAAGCCGAAGCCCUUGGUGACUCAGAUUAGGAUAAACAAGCCCCCCAAGGUCAUCAUGAAGACAGGGGAGAGCCUGCUGCACCUCCAUGGCACCCUGGAGAUGUUUGCAGCUCGGCGGCGGCACAAAGCUCUCGUGUCCCUCUUUCUCCUGGAAGCUCACUUCCAACUGAAGGUUCAGUAUUCAGUGCAUGAGAACCGCCUGCAGAUGACCACCUCCCUGGACAGAUUACUGAGCCUGUCCCGCGAGUCCUCAUCGAUUGGUACCUUCAGUGAGAAGCGAUUGACUGGCUUUAUCACUGACUUUCUCCGAAAAGCCUACAUCCCUGCUGUCAAUGAUGUGCUCCAAGUCGGGCUUCCACUUCCAGACUUUCUGGACAUGAAUUACAACCUGGCAGAGCUGGACAUAGUAGAGAAUGCUCUGGUGAUGGACUUGAAGCUGGGCUGACCGGGACAGGAUUCAGCUGCUGAUGCCUGCAAACCUCCUAUUGGCUGCACACCGGGAAGGAGCCCCUGAUUGGAACCUCGU